AACUUGUACCUAAAAUCUCCAAAAUAAUUUCCCAGAUCUGAUCAGGACAUCUAGUGAGAGUGCAGUGCGGAUUACCCUCCCAGGCUACCACCACCACCACCAUCUCCAUUCUUCGAUCUGAAGAAGGGCGGCCCUCCACUUAAUUAGCUUUCUUGCUCGAAGCCCACGAUAAAAAGUGAGAUCACGUUAAAGAUGGAGUACAAAAGUUCUCGGUGAACCCCUACCAAUUCAGAAAGACUCAAGGCAGAAAGGCGUACGCUGUCAUUUGGUCGCUAAUAAUGAUGGAGGACUUCAGGCCUAGGGCCUAUGGAGAUGGGCGGAUAGAGAUGGAGGUGUACGGGAACAGGCCCGAGCGUUCAGUCUCCGGAACUCACGAUCUCGGAUGCUACAGCGCAUCCUAUGCUUCCUCCCAGAGCCACAGCCAAGUUCCUAGGGAGACGAAUCUGAAGGAGUGGAGCGGCAGCUCUGGUUCCUCUUCUUUCAGGAGCGGUUGGAGCCUCGGCGACCCUGAGAUGCAGAGGAAGAAGAGAGUGGCAGGAUAUAAGGCCUAUGCUAUGCAGGGAAAGAUGAAGGGAAGCUUAAGGAAAAGCUUCAGGUGGCUCAAAGACAGAAUUGGGUGGUGGUGAUUCGUAAGAUACCAGUAGUACUAUAUAGUAUUGCAUCUUCAUGCCUUUUGAUUUUAUAUAUAUAUCUUAGACAUUAGAAAAGAUUGCAACUUUGUUACGUUGCUCGCAAAAAUUAGUUGAGUGAUGAUGAUGUUUUUGUGAUGGGAUUUCUAUUAUUGAGAUCGUUGGUUAA